GAGAGACGAGCUCUCAAUGCCGUGAGACAGCUCUUCGAUGGACGCCACGGGCGUGUUCUCAUCUGCCCGCCAGCUGACAUGGAAGAGUUCUACCUGGAGCUGGAGCGCGAGAAGUGCUUCUUCGACAGAGAUCCGAAGAGGCAUUUGAGAUACAACGCAUCCAGGAAGUUUAAAGUGGCCCACAUGCGAGCAGACUCCGACACACGUCUCUAUGCCGGCGAGAAGCUGAAGACUCUCGUGGAUGAGUUCGACAGCAAGCAGAGAAUCGCAGGACAGAUCCGACGCGAGUGGGAGCUGGAUUGGCGAGCAUCUGAGUACCGAGCUGCACAAGCAGCGGCUGAGAAGGAUCGUGCCGAAAAGGAAGCCAGGUAG